AAAGAUUAUAAGGUAGAAAGGGAGGAAGUCUAACUAAUGCGCUACAGAUGUUAAACAGUCUUGGUUUUAUCGUUUUAGACAUUUCUUCUAAUUUGCAUAUCUCUUCGCUAUCCUGAUUGUAAAUAUCAUUUCUUUUUCACUCUGUAAGUCUCGUUUUCCUCCUUCUUCGCUUUUCAAAAAGCUAGCUCUAGUCUCGACUUCUCAAAUUAUACGUAAGCUUAGUAGAAGUAGAGCAUACGACCGAUCUUGUCAUACCUUUCAGACGACAGAGAAGUCGUUUGAUUGUGAAACUAUUAAUGGGAAAAAACUAAUGCAACUAUUAUUGGCUAACAAUUUUAACAAAUACAGAACCUUCAUUAGAGUUCUCAUCAUGAACUGAUAUCAGCUCUAACACAAUAAUGGAUUAUGUAAAAAAAUCUGGUCUGUACGUCUACGUACUUUACUUCGUCUAUUUUACAUGUUAAAGGAAUUGUAAGUUGGCAAAUAAGCAUUCUACUUGUUCAUGUUUUUACCCGGUGUCUUAAAAACAAAUAAAUCUAACAGCUCCCUGAAUCUCAAUAAUAUAUUCAGCGCCAUUAUGUUAUGAUUAAUUAUUCACUUCCUUUGUUUCGAUGAUUUUCCUCUUUAAAAGCCAACUGUAUAAGAUUGUAUAAAGUGCUAUAAAAACGCUGUACCAAACAGAUUCAGAUUUGUGUAGUAAGGAAAGAAGGCCUACGGCCUUAAGAGCGUAAUGUGGCUAAGGUCGUGCUAAAAUCUAGUUUUUGGUUCCUUUUCGAAAGAUUUUGUUAACUUAGAAAAAUGACUGACCUAUCAGCGAGAUCCGUUUUAACAUGCUGUGAGAUUUUAGCUCCUGAAAUCUUCCUGCAAUCCGAAUUCGCGUCAAGUGCUCAAGAACUCCUUACUUUUCUUUUUCUGGGUGUGAUUAAGCCAAUCAUUCACCUUAUUAUGUCUCUUGAUCACAUAAUCGGCGAGACUAUAAUUCAUGGACGAACCGACCAGACUUAAGAUAACAGGUCUUGGAUUUUGGUGCGAAAUUCGUUCAUCCAUUUGGUUAAAGAGUGUUUUGACAUUUUAGCUGAUGUCAGUUCGUGAUGAAAACUCUAAAUCGAAUUUCUAACCCUAAUCAUCGCAUUGGUUCAUAAUCCUCGUUUAGUCUUAGUAUGUGGACAUUCCGAAGGUCACUUUGGCAUCGCUCAAAUGUCGUCUAUAAAUUAUAGUCUCAUCACAGUAAAAAGCUAAUGAUAUGGAAAUAUUGUUUACGUACUGAGACAAAAUGUAACAUCACCACUGUUACAUUUAACUCACUGCCUUUAGCUUCCUUUCAUUUAAAUUUAUAUUCAGAGUUGAAAUGGAAACAGUCUUCCGCUACGGAGAAAAGCCGAUCGAGUUUCAGCUGGAGUCUGAUGGUGAAUACUUUUACUUAGCAUCAGAAGUGGGUCGAUAUCUGCGCUUAUUUCGUAAAGAAUUAUUUAAAAAAUAUCCGAAUUUAUGGAAACGAUUAGUUACUCCAGAAGAAAAAGAGAAAUUAAUUCAAAUGGGAUUGGCAACUCCUAUAACUGCUACUAAUGCUAUGUUGUUGCGUACAUAUGAGGUCAAUGAAAUUAUUUGCGAUCAAGAUCGGUUAGCAGAUUUAAAAAGUGGGGAGCUUAUUUCAAAAGACUGCUCAUCAAGCUCUAAUAAUUUAAAUAUGAACUCCAGUGGUUUACGAAAUUUCAACUCGAAUGCGACUCCUAAAUUGAAUGCUGGGUUCGCAUCUGUUGGUCGAACAAGUCUUGGUUCAAGUACUAAUUCGGCGACGUCAGCAACGUUACCAGGUGUUAUGAACACUUCCGGUACUAUUGAUCACACAACUGCAAGUGGAAAUUUUAAGUCAAGAAGAGAUAGCAGGUGGCUUGGUGUUGGUUCAACUCCAAAUACAUCAUUUCAUUUGGACUCAGUUCCUUGUCCAACUCCUAUCAGUCGAUUAAGAACUGCCAGACAGACAAGUAAAUCAUUUACAUUCCCUUUUUGUUUGGAUGAUUCUGAUCCAAUUGCAUUUCAUGAGAAUGCACGUCAACCGGAAUGUUUAGUACCAAUUCGUUUAGAUAUAGAAUGUGAUGGUGUUAAACUACGUGAUUGUUUUACAUGGAAUCGUAAUGAACAAUUAAUUACAUUGGAACAAAUGGCUGAAGUACUUUGUGAUGAUUUAGACUUGAAUCCAAUAAAUUUUGUUCCAGCUAUUGUGAAUGCUAUGAGACAACAGAUUGAUGCUCAUCCCAUGAAUGAUUUUCUAGUUGGACAAACUGAUACACGAGUUAUUAUUCGUUUAAAUAUACAUGUAGGCAAUAUUUCUUUAGUAGAUCAAUUUGAAUGGGAUCUUUCUGAACCAAACAAUUCACCGGAACAAUUUGCUUCAAGACUUUGUGCUGAAUUAGGUUUAGGUGGAGAGUUUGUUACAGCUGUUGCAUAUAGUAUUCGUGGACAACUUGCUUGGCAUCAGAAAAUUUAUGCUUUUAGUGAAUCUCCUUUACCGACAGUCGAUAUAGUUUUCCGUAAUUCAAAUGAAGCUGAUCAAUGGAGUCCAGUUGUUGAAGUUCUUACUGAUGCAGAAAUGGAGAAAAAGAUACGCGAUCAAGAUCGUAAUACCAGACGAAUGCGUCGUUUAGCUAAUGCACAGCCCAAUUGGUAGACAUUUUGUUUUGUACAUUGUUUUCAGUGUUAAUGUAAACAUUUCUUAGAAACUUUUCUAAACAAUAAUAAUAAUAAUAAUUUAUUUGUGUC